UACAUUAGUUACUCAUUUUCUAUUGGAUGAGCGAUGACAUUUCUAUCAACAUCGAUAUCUGACAGUUGUGGUAUAUUUUCUACAAGAAAGUCGUUGCCUUGUACGAUAAGACGACGUUCUGUAUACCGCGGGUGGAAAAGACCUGAUCACUUGUCCCUUUGUAAGGCUCUUUGCACCCAAAUCAAUGCUACAGCAAGGCAAGAGGGGCUGAAUGAAACGCCAACAGAAACAAGUAUGAAAGUAGAACAACUUCUCCAAGUAGAAGAAACAGAACGUUCUUCCGGAAAUUGGGAUAUAAUCUAUGAGAGUCCUGCGAAAAUUAACUUGUUUUUGAGAAUACUUGGAAAGAGAAAAGAUGGCUAUCACAACAUUGCUACUUUGAUGCAAGUAAUAUCUCUACGUGAUACCUUAUACUUUAAACUCUUGGAUGAAAGUGCUGAAGGAGAUAUAUUUGAGACAGACUCCGACGAGAUUCCUAUUGGUUCCUCAAAUCUGGUUAUUGCAGCUUUCCGAAAGUUUCGAAAAGAAAGUGGUAUGAAGAGAUAUUUUCACACUCGUGUAGAGAAAAGGAUACCUGUUAAAGCAGGUUUGGGUGGUGGAAGUAGUAAUGCAGCAACUGCCUUGUGGGCUGCCAAUAAGUUGACUGGAAAAAAGUUUUCUACCGAAUAUCUCAAGAAAUGGGGUGCUGACCUUGGUUCCGAUGUUCCCUUUUUCUUUUCAGGAGGAACUGCAUUUUGUACGGGUCGAGGAGAGAACGUCAGUGAACUUCCUAGUUUAUUUCCUUCCUUUCUUUAUAUUAUCAAACCUGAUGGGAGUUUGUCAACAGCAGAUGUAUAUGAAAACUUGGAUCUGUCCAACUGUUCGACAAGGGAUCCUCAAGAACUUAUUACCGCAGUUCAAGAUGGAAUCAUGUGGGCUGAGCCUAUGAAUGACUUGGAGGAAUCAAGUUUUCGUUUAUAUCCACUUUUAUCGGAAUUAAAAAAACUUCUUCGAGCGUGUGGCUUUCCAGUUGUGUUGAUGUGUGGUAGUGGUUCUGCGCUGUUCUGUUUAGGAGCACCUCACUCUUCCAUAUAUCCUACAUUUGAAGAGAAACUUGUCAAACAUUUUCCAGUCAAAGUAUAUACUGCACGAUUUUUAAAUAGAAAUAUAGAACAAGAUGUUUGGUAUUUAGAUCCUGAAGAAAUAAAAACCAACACCGUAGUGGAGCAAUGGUUUUAAAAAGAUGCAAGUUUUCGGCUCAAUUCCAAUGGACAGAGAGGGAUUGCAU